UACAACUCAAAAAGGAGCAACAAACUUCAUAACUACAUAUGAAACAAAAUGAUGAUUGUCAAGUACAUUACUUUACAGUUUUCACUGUGAUGAUGGAACUCAUCUUGAAUGAUGACACCCUCCAAAUUCUUACAGUCAAAACAUGGGAUUUUCAUGCUAAAAUCAAUGAGAAAAUCACUCAAAAUAGCUUCAGUUUCUGCACCCAUUGCUCCAACCACGGUCGUUACUGCGUCGUGGCUGACAAAACUGCGGAGGAGAGGAAGAAGAUGAUAGCUAUAAGGGAUUCUCUCAAAGAAUUCCACAACAUUCUUGUCUACUUACAGAGAGUAAAAUCAAGGGAGAAGAAGCAAAGGGAUGAAGCCUUAGCCCGUUUGGAGGAAACCAGAAGGCAUCUGAUCGAGUGGAUAAGUGAUCAGUGGCCAAACAAGGAGAGAAGAGUUGAUGUUGUUGAGGAGAUAAUCACAUUUCUUGGUGAUGGGAAAACUGAUAAAUUCCCCUGGAAUUCCAAAGGAAAAGCUCGUGGGGUUUCCAGUUUUCUUGUUCAGACCAGCAGAUUUGCCUUAGAGUUUGCUGUAAUGUUUGCUAGUAUUUACACGACAGUUACAUUGUGUAAGACCAGGCAGCGCAAUGGUAGGCUGCAGAGAGAAAAUAUUAAUGUUGCUCCUGUGAAUUCAAGAAUGUUCUCAACCAUUCGUUUAGAUGUGUUGUGUGGGAGAGGUUGAACUAAUUUAAGGUUUUCAUGAUUGUUCAAAGGCUUUCAUUCUACAUGUAUUGUAUACUAUACAUC